GGGUGCGAUGUCACAGCGACGAAUUCCGCACAAGACAGUCUUAUUACGCUCCCUAGCUAAUUAAAGCCGUUCAAGAAAAGAAAUAGUUACGUAACCCUUCUUCGAAUAGCCUCGCGUUCGCACUGUUCGCAGUGCAAAAUUUUUUUCUCAAUAGCGCUCCCCAGAUAGUUCCCUAGAAAACUCCCUAGUGAGAGGGAGAGAUAAAAAUUGAGAAAGAGAUGUGCACAUGGACGCAGAUCGUGCGGAGCGUAUUGCGGAGUGAGCCGUAACGUAGUCUUGUGGAGCAAUAAUUUUUUCCUAACAGUGCUUUAACGGAUAGAGUUUUCAAAACAACAUAGGAUGUACUAAUAGCUCCUCAAUAUUCACAGUCUUUAGGUGACCUAGAAAUUUACAGUCAGUCCCCGCCCCUCACCGGAUAAUUGAGUGUUUUGAAAAAUGCCUGGAGAUGGUCAUGGCAGUAUGAGAUCGGGCAUGUGGUUCCUGGUCAGCAUUCCAAAGGAAGACACUGAAAAGGCGGCACGCUCUUGCGCGGACAGCCGUGCGACUUUAUCAGAAGAUGACGACCGUGAGAAUUUUCGCGAUAGCAAGGAACAUCUUACUUUGAAGCAGGCACUGGAAGAUUGCCUAGAGUCAUACGGAAUUCGAAAUGCCAUCUGGAAUGCAACAGCCCAAGAUAAAUUCUAUCAGGUGUCCUUUCCGUAUGAAAGCGGAAAACCAACGGAUUGCAUCCUUAGUGACCUGACAUCUCGGGGAAUUGGUUCGAACUAUGACUCAACUAUUGGUGUAUUUCCAUGUCCAAUAUUCUACAGAGCUGUUGAACCAGAAAGUGAUGAUGAGGAACAAAACACGAUAGCUGAUGUUAACUAUGAAUCAGGCGAUGAAGCAAAAAAGGAAAAAGAGAAGGAGAGUGGAUUUCGAUCAAUGCAGAAGAAGUUUCUGAAGUCUGUUAAGGCACGCCUUACGGUUGCUCAGGUUGUUGCAGGUGUCAAGGCUCAGGGAGAGCUCACAUUUGAUUUUGUUGCCUUCAUAAUUCUUGCAGGCAUGAUUGCUGCCCUUGGCCUGAUGGACAACAAUGUGGUCUCAAUAAUUGCUGCAAUGUUGGUAUCACCUCUUAUGGGUCCCAUAAUGGCAAUCACAUUUGGCAUCAUAAUUCGUGACACAGCUCUCACUAAACUUGGCUUGAAGACAGAGCUAAUUGGCCUCUUCAUCUGCCUGCUCUUUGGCUUCUUCUUUGGUCUUCUGAAUGCCUUCUGGGGUGACAUACCGCCUUACGAAGGUUCCAGUUGGAGUCCAUCACGAUGGCCCAACCCUGAAAUGAGCUCUAGGGGUCACUGGCGAAGCCUCUGGGUGGGGUCCCUGGUGGCUCUGCCAUCAGGUGGGGGCGUUGCCAUGGCAAUUCUAGGCGGGAAUUCUGCGUGCUUGGUGGGCGUAGCCAUCUCUGCCUCGCUCUUGCCACCGAUCAUCAAUAGCGGAAUCCUGUGGUCACUGUCUCUGGUGAAGGUGUUCAAGUCAAUGACCCAAGACCCAAUUGAGGUCAACGUAACGGGGACUACCCUGACAGUGUCCCCGGCCUUCAUAGCGCCGCUGGGCUACAGCCCUUACUACUUCGACAAGUACAACAUGCACAAGGAGUGUGCACUGCUGGGAGUCAUUUCCUUCUGCCUCACAGUAGUCAACAUCCUCUGCAUCAUUCUUGCAGGCACACUUGUCCUUAAGAUCAAGGAAAUUGCACCUUCUAAAAGCCUACAAGGUACAAGAAGGUUCUGGAAGCAUGACAUUAAGGUUGCGAGAGACUACAACAAGACCCUGGGUGGUGCAGCAGCAAGCAACAUGGGCAAACUCCUUGAAGAGUGGAGGAAGUUGGAUGGUAAGAAUGGAGACCCAGCCUCAGCAAGCAGAAAUCUCCAAGACCUUCAGAACAUGAUAGAGGAGGCAGAGGAUGAUGAUGUGUACCAGACAGUUGUGCAGCAGCUGGCCAAUCAUCCUCCACCAAUGAACAUGGUGCGCUACCUGUCGAGGGCACUGUCCACACCUGAGCAAAAGGAGCACCCUGGUGGAGGCCGCAUGAGUGUCUGGGAACUGGAGAGCCUGCUUGGCAGGGAGCCGUCAUCUUCGCAGACAAAGCCCAGGGUCACUUUUAAGCUCAGGCGUAGCAAGUCAGAAACCAUGGAAGCAGAUUCUUCGCCAAGCCGUGGAAAGCAGCCAGGUCGCAAGAGGCCGGGUUUCUUUCCAUUUCGUCGUGUGUCACGCUUCCAAGUGUCGAGAGUUCCAAGUGAUGAAGGUUCUGCGCGGCAAGAACCUUUGCUGAGAAAGAUGAGAAAGCUCUACCGCAGUGCAGAAUCGCCUUCGUGAUCACAAUCACACAAACACAUUGUCAACCUUGAGAGCUGUGCGCACUAAGUGAGCCUAAUGGAGGUUGUCUCAGCUGAGUCAGCACUAGUUUCCAUUGUAUUCGUGGCCGUGUGUUGUCUGCUGUAGUGGUCACCGAACUCUUAGAGCUUUUGUGUUGUCAUGCUAUGUUGCCCUGAUAAUGAUCUCUAUUCAAGGUUCUUACAGUACUGUGUCACUCUUAUCUUUUUACAUUGGGUAAAUUGCAUGUGAAUAGUAAUGUGUGUUGCAUCAUCAGAAAGCUGGGCCAGUUGGAACUUAGACAUCUGAGGCAUUUCCGGCACUUCAGAGGAAUAGAACAAACACCAUAGAACAGAGAAAAGAUGACAGUACAGGAAGGGUGCUGGUCUUCAAUUGGCUUUACUGCAUUGGAAACUAUGCUCUAAAAUAUCAUGUGGAAAUAUAAUCAAAUGCUCAAAACAUGGCACGUACAUCAGACCAGUUGUCACACAUGAGUAGUACACAUUUGUUGGCAUAGAUAGUCAUUCCUUGAUAGAUAGCCAGUGUUCUUCCCGUUCUGUGAUUUUUUUCUCUGUUCUAUGAUGUUUCGUCUUUAAUGCAAUAAGCAUUCUUUGGGAGCUUCACCCAAUUUGUGAUAUGUCGGUCUGUCUGUAUGUCUGUCUCCAUCUAACCUUUUUUAUGCAAACUUGAAUCACUGGGUAUGCAUGGUCUAAUAGAUAGAGCACGAGCUGUGAUGCUGAGUAAAACAAGUUUUAAGCGAACAAUGGGACCAACUUGGGUCACUGGAUAUGUGGCAUUGGUUAUUUGCUGGUCUUCAAUGGUAAAAAAGAGAAUCUUUUAAUAUUUCUCCGGUGCUGGGCGGAAUCGAACAUGCGUCAUAUAAUAUUCAAUCUUGUCUGAAUAAAGAUAGGCACCACGCGGCAGACUAUGCGGCGCCGCCACUAGAUGGCGCAGCAUUUUCUAGAGAGGAAGCACGAGAGAGGAGCCCAGCUGAAUACACACCUCAUACAUGACGUGUUUCGGUGGUGGCAAUACAGUGUGUCACAUUGCUUAACAGCUAAUUGCAUUAACGUCGGCAUUCAUCAUGAGAUGGGAUUUCUUUUUUGCCCCUAGGUGCUGAAGUGUCUUGAUUGUAUUUCUUACGUUCUGGGUGUUAUGUUUUGUUGAAACACCAGCUGCAGAUAAACAGGGGUCAAACAAAAGAUGUUGCCAAGAAGACUUAGCUUUACCAAGGACGAAGACAAGUCUCCUUGUCGAAAUGUUGGCUACAGCCUGGGACAUUCUUUGCUCAGCCACCGUUGAUAACUUCAAGUCUCUAUCAUCCUGUGAAUCUAUCAUUGGAGUGCCGUGGACAAGUUCUUGCUCGAAAAGCCGUUGGCAUUGAUGCAACUUGCCUCCAUACAGUUGAAACUCAAUAUGAUAUAUCUGAAUUUAAUGAAAUCUAUUAUUUUAAUGUUUUUAAUAAUUUCCCAAUUUUAGCUUGCUUAAGAGUGUGAGCUAAAGAAGUGAAUUUGCAGCACAGUUCUGAUCCAAGUUCUCAGUAAGCUCAUUCGUAUGCGCUGAACGUAGCCGAAGCUUAAUAACCACACUUCGUUGAACAAAGUUUUUGUCUAGUAGUAAUGUCUCAAUAUACGGAGGUUUAAUCUCCAGUAUACCCACGGACAUAUUUUAGUGCAAUGUCAAGCAUUUGACAAGAAACUUUGUUGCUCUUUAAAGAGUUAACUAAAAUUCCUAGUCACGCUAAUCUUAUAGAAUUCUGAUGUAGGUAAUAGUGACAUUUAGCUGGUCCGUAAGCUUCUUACCAUUUGCGGAUUACCAGUUUACCGGAGCUGUGGACAGCAGUAGCAAAGCUGGUAGCGACAUCUUGUGAGGAUAUGUACAACUACAUAGCAUUGAAAAUUUUUUUUUUCUGCAUGAAUGUUCUCACUGAAGGAAAAUUAUAUAUAGACUGCAUGUUAAGGAUUAUGUUGCUACCAACCCUUAAUACCAGCAGUUAAGUAGGAUAUGGUAGGUCACUGCAGUACUAUCUUUGCAGUGCACUCUCUGGUUAAGCCAUGCAUCACAAGGUGCCACUAACAGUGUUGUUGCUGCCGUACACCUCUCUUGUAACUCGGUAGUCCACAAACGCUGAUAUGUUUACAGAUAAGCUAGAACUCUUUAAUAGCUUGAGAAAAUGCUAACACCAUGCAUCCAUUAUGCAGGCUGUUAUGUAGCACAAGUGCCUGCAUUGUGUGCACACCUCUACAUUGUUUGUUCUGAUUGUAAAACUAUUUGAAUUUUCACCAUGGUAGCACGCUUUUCUUCUUUCAAUGUAUUUGCCACAACAUACUGCUUCUUUUUAAUACUACCUGGUUAGUGUACAGCUAGGGUAUGUGCAUUAUGAUCUGUCCAACCUGUUCAAACAGCUGCUGCAAGAACCGAUGAAAGUACACAUUCAGUAGUUCAUUGCUGAAAUGGGCACAGUACUACUAGAAUAUGCAUACCAUGGCAUACCAUGUUUGUACAUAUUACUAUAUAGUGUGAUUGGGAAGAUAGUGUGCGAGAAUUUUUUUAGGUCUGAUUAAGAAAAAACAUUUUAUCACGAUUUCAAUGUGAGCUGAUGGCACUGCGCACAAUAAUCGCAGUUUAUACCUUAAAAACAGCAAUGACAUGCAUGAGUACCUUUGAAACAGGCGUUCGUAAAAAAUUAAUUCAUGUCAAUAAUUUCCUCUGGUCAGCCUUUUAGAGUCUAUAACUGAUGCUAGCUAACAAAGAUGGCGGGCCCUUGUUAACUUUGAUCUUCUGUACUUUCGUUACACCGAACUGUAUCACUUUGUAUUUCGCGUGGUGUCAUGCUUGAGGCAUGAAUAAGUUUUACAGGCUCUGAGGGAGUAGCAUCGGAAGUACUGGGAUUCAGUCUUACAGGAAACGAGUUGUCUUUUCCGGAACUAGUACUGAUGUUUGCCUCCUGUCUGUGCCUCAAAACUCCUCAUGUGAAUUCCUUGCCAAGGUUUGGAGUACAGCCUCCACUCCUCACUGCACUGCUUUACACCAGGCAAUUUAAACCACAAACAUUUUGAUUGAAGGGAAGUCAAAGAAGUUGUGCACUGUAGCUGUAGACGUCGAAUUAGGUGUAGGCUUGAAGAACUCUGCUUGCAGCUUCUCAUGAUAGCAAUACAAGGAUGGUAUGUUGUUGCGAGCCCAUCAUAACAUCUCAGUGUCAAUGUAGCCACUGAUGCAUUGUCACUGCAGCCUACAGCAUAACUGCUGUUUGCUUUGUAUGAUGCGUAGUUGCCAAAGCUUACUCAGAUUUCCUUAAUCUUUUUUCUUUCUUCUUCUUAUGAACUUGUCUUUGAAAAAAAUUAAGCGUUUGGUUACUUGCUGGACAGCUCUCAUACAGUAGCUAUAAAAUACACAUGUCAUCAGUCCCUGCACCACAGUUGUCGGUUGAGAUGCUUAAGUUGCAGAGAUAAAGUACUCGAGCUUGUGCCUGAGCUAUUCAUGCCAUUGAUAGUACCAUUAAAGGCACUAGCAUCAGCGUAUUCGCGCCAUCUCCUGUCGUACCUGCGUAAUUAUGGCGCCGACUCUGUCCAUCAUGCAUGUGUCAUACAAGAAGCCAAAUUUCAGGAAAUUCUAGAAUGUAUAGUCAUGCUGGGGAGAUAAAUGUAGGGGGAAGCAAGAGAGUUGAGCAUCCCUCCAAAGUCCAAAUGCACUUUUUAUUGACAAGGUACUUACCGCAUUUGUUUUUGUCUUGUUUGCAGACAAUUUUAACCUGGAGAAAGUUGCUGUCAGCACACAUGAAGCAUUUGCAUAAUGACAUUCAGUAGUUAGUAUUUUCACCUUGACUUGGUCAGUGACCGCAAUUUCUUCAUCAACAUUUAGUAUUCUUUAUGAAUGCUUUUUCAUGACUGUGUACUUCAACUUCUUUUUUAAUUACUGGCUAAUAUUGGAAGGGAAUUGAUUAGUAGUGUGACUGAUAUUUUAAUUGUAUACUUUUUCUUCUUAAUUUAUUAUUUAUGGCAGUUACUGGUUGUACUUAUAUUUCUGCUAGUCUGUCAUGUUUUGGUAAAGUUUAUUUAAUUUUACAAAACCUUCCAUGCUAAAGAGGCUGUGGGAAGGGCUUACGAAAAUAUGUUUGAAGAACUAGCAUGCUUGAUUAGCUGCUGUUAAGACUUGUGCUUUAAGAUGUUAUGAUAAUAUGAUAUAUUUGAAGCAGUGUUCUUACAUUAUCGUGGCAUUUUCAGGACUAUAGAAUAGCACUGUCGUACUUAUGUGUUUGUACUAUGUGGGCAAAUUGCACAUAAUGGGUGGCAUUUUCAUGUGUUCUGCGUAUCACCUCAUGGCUUGUUUUAGCGAUGAACAGCUUUCUUUUGCAGUCAUUUUAUAUGUACGAUUGUACAAUUCUUAUUUGCAGACAGGUCUGCGGUAUUUGUUGACAAACUUUGGGAUUUAAUGCCUCUAGAACAAUCUGGCAUUACUUGCCUUUUCAUAGAAAUGCCGAGAUCUGUUUUGUCUUCCAUAUGCAUGACUGUUCAGUCUUGUUUUGUAGAUUCUUGACUGUUAUUUUGUUAAAUAAUGUUGAAAUUUGCUUUUGGAACACUUCCCAUCAUUGUCAAAAACUGAAUACAACACUAUGAGGUAGGUUGUUUCCCUAUGAAAACACAGUAUGGAAUAGGCAGUACCAUGUUUGUAUUACCAAGGUCGCUCAUUGUAUGUCUGGGAACUGGUAUUGCAUGCUGUCUUGAAUACACCAAUUCGAGACAGCAUGUCGACCCCAUUUAACCUCUUGUGUGCAGCUUAUGUGCUCAGGCUCACACAGUAGCAACGUUAACCAAAGCUGCCAUUGCUAGACUUGCUUUUGUGGUGUUACAGACAAAAGAUAAAAUUCUUUGCAGAGUGUCUAGAGAAAACACCACAGAUUGGCUUGGAUAUGACCGAUUUAACAGCCAUUUCACUAUACCUAUCUGGAAGGGACAUCAAAUGCAUAAGAAAGAUACUUGGGGGGGACUUUAUUAUGUGUGUCUCUCCCAUCAUGCAACGUAUUACAGGUCUCUCCUGCAUGAAGUUGUCACUUCUGUAUAAUAGUCUUUGAACAGCAAAAUGACUUGUGUAAUUUGUCCAUGCACUAUGCUCGUUACAGUGGCUAUGCAUGGUCACAUAUCACAUUUCCUGGUGGGCUAUGUUCUAUUAUUGCUUGAAAUUGCUCUUGUGUGAUUGCUCUGUGGCCAUGGCUUCACUGUAUAUUGUGCUUGCAGUGAAGGUGCUUAAAGGCCAUAAAUGUAGGCAUGGCGGAAGUGCUACGGGUAUUUUUAUGCUUUCUAGAAGUGAACAUUGCCUCGGCAUUUGAGUGGUAAUGUGAUGGUUGCACGUCACGUACGAUGCAGUUGCCAGCAGAAAUUUAAGGCUGCAUCUACUUGCACCUGUGCGGAAUUUGUGUACACAUGCAUGGGCAUGCACACAGGCACAUGCACAGCUUAACAGAGCAUGUGGACAGAUGCAGCGAGGUGUAAAACGAUAGAAUAUGACUGGUCUAUAGUAUUGUGGAUGGUGCAUGUACUGCACUGGGUGUGAUGUAGUGCUUUUGUGGAGACUGGGAGAGAGGCAAUCCAAAGAAACAGCUGCAUCUGCGUGAGCCAUUACAGUGCCUCUACAGUACUACUUGACUAGUCAAACAACCAUAUGAUAGACACAGAUAUAACAAAUUAUUGUGUAUAAAAGGUAAAUUAAAUAGUGUUUCUUGGUGACAUUAGCGUGCAACAAAUAUAUACUUAUAAUGAAUAUCAGCUAGCACGAAGGUACCUUUGCCUCCACGCAACUUGAUUACGAGGAUUGAGUGCAAGUGGACAGGCAGCCCGCACAAACGUCAGUGAAAGAUACGGUAGCAUUUGUGUGCAGCUGUUGCCCAUAUAACAAACAAAUAUCAGGGGUGCUAUGACGUGAUCUGAACUUGGCUGUAGCAGUAUGUAUGUGUAAUGCUAACACGAUGAUGACAUGUUUACGGUGUGGCACAAGGUGAUAGUAAUAUGUGUGUGUUAUGUGUAGUAGAGUUUGUAGCUGCAGAUCCUCCACGCAAAAACUGUGAUGUGUUUGCAGCCAACAUCCCAGUACGCCAUUGUUCAACUUGUGAUAGAUUGGCGCUGCCGUGUGUGAGGAUCGAUGCGACGCAUUCAGUCUGUGUGUGUCAACUAUUUCUUCUUUGCCAUCUUAGACUUAUGCAUAACGCACUUAGGUUGUAGUUUAACAAGCACAUGAAUUUACUGAUGUGCUCUGUGAUGGUGUUUGUGCCUUAUACACUUGCCUUAGAGCUGCCUUUUUUUCUGUUUCCUUAUGCGUGAGGCCUUAAUGUCAUUAUAAAUUUAGGGAUAUUUUUGUUGCUUUGUUUUAAAAGUGAGACAUGCAUGCACGCUUGGCAAAUCCUUGUUUCCGGUGAGCUUUAGAAAUAGCACACACAGAAGGUUUGCCUAUUCUACAUUAGUGCACCCAAAAGGGACAUUAGUGCACAUAGAAGGGAUAUUAUUGUGUCCAAAAAUUUACUGCUGGCUUAGCAUUUGUGGUGAACCCAAACUCUUUUGCACCUAGAGCAUAUAAAGCGUCUAGCUUUAGAAUUUGCUAUCUCAAAAUGCUCUUUUAUUUGUUGCAAUAAAAUUUGACAUUUUUACCAUUGCAGAAUUUGGGCCUAACAUGAAUAAACAUUGAAAUGUUCCCGA